AUGUCGUCAAGUCGCAGCACCUCUCUACGCGAGGCCACACAUUCCUUCUGCCAGGCCCUCCUCUCGCCUCCCCCGCCCUCAGACCUGCUGUCAAAGUACUUUAGCAGCACGCCCAAGAUCACAGAGCACGGGCCUGAAUGGGCCCAAUCGCGACUACCUUUUCUGGCCAAGACCUUUUCUGGAAAAGAGGGCUGCGAGGAGUACUUCGAGCUUAUGUCUGGUGUGCUGGACAUGUCGCUCCCUAGUGACGCAUUCCCGGCCAAAGAGGGAUUCAUUGUAGAUGCAGAGGCAGGCAUGGUCAGUGUAGUUGGCAAGGGGCGGUUUGCCAGUAAGAAGACGGGAAAGGCGUGGGAUGAGCAGUUCAUCCACCGGUUUAGUGAGUUUGAUGAGCACGGCAAGAUUGGUCACUGGGAGAUCUGGGCGGAUCCGCUCAGCGCUUGGGAGGCCGUUGGCCCGUAA